GCCAGUAGACGGGCUAGUGUCAAUACUAAUACAAACAAAGAAAAAUUUAAAACAACAACACUGGGACAGUUUUAAAUUCCUCACAUUUAAAAAGGGAACUAAGGUUGCAUCACGUAUAAAAGAGAGCUCUGCGAGGAACGGCAACAUGUUCACUUGGGUAAAUAAGGAACAGGGUGGAAGGAACAAGGAGGGAGACAUGUUUCAAACAGUGACUGAAGGACUUCAGAGUCUUUAUACUAAAAAACUUCUGCCUUUGGAGGAGACCUACCUCUUCCAUGACUUCCACUCACCGGCGCUGGAGGAGGCGGACUUCCAGAGCAAGCCUAUGGUCCUUCUGGUCGGACAGUAUUCCACAGGGAAGACCACUUUUAUCAGGUAUCUUCUGGAGCAAGAUUUUCCAGGAAUGCGAAUUGGCCCUGAACCAACGACGGAUGGAUUCAUAGCUGUGAUGUACAGUGAGAACGAGGGGAUUGUUCCUGGAAAUGCCUUGGUUGUGGACCCCAAGAAACCCUUCCGUAAACUCAAUGCAUUUGGAAAUGCAUUCUUAAAUAGGUUCAUCUGCUCACAAAUGCCCAACCAAGUUCUGCAGAGCAUUAGCAUCAUUGACACGCCAGGGAUCUUGUCUGGCGAGAAGCAGCGCAUAAGCAGAGGCUAUGAUUUCUCAGAGGUUCUGCGCUGGUUUGGAGAGCGAGUGGACCGUAUCAUUCUCCUCUUUGACGCCCAUAAACUAGACAUAUCUGAUGAGUUUUCUGAAGCGAUCAAAGCUUUCCGUGGGCAGGAUGACAAAAUCCGUGUGGUACUGAACAAGGCUGACCAGGUGGACACUCAGCAGCUGAUGCGGGUUUAUGGUGCGCUGAUGUGGUCGCUGGGGAAGGUGAUCAAUACUCCAGAGGUGGCGAGGGUCUAUCUCGGCUCUUUUUGGGCCAAACCUCUCCAAAAUGCAGACAACCGGCGUCUGUUUGAAGCUGAAACACAAGAUCUCUUCAGAGACAUCCAGAGUUUGCCUCGCAACGCUGCCCUGCGUAAGCUGAAUGACCUCAUCAAAAGAGCUCGGCUUGCUAAGGUGCAUGCUUACAUCAUCAGCUACUUGAAGAAGGAAAUGCCUUCCCUGUUUGGAAAAGAGAAGAAAAAGGAAGAGCUGAUUGCCCACCUGCCUGAGAUCUAUCAGAUUCUGCAGAGAGAGCACCACAUCUCACCUGGAGAUUUCCCUAAUGUCAUUAAAAUGCAGGAGCAACUGCAACACUACGACUUCAGCAAGUUCCCUUCUUUGAAAGUAAAGUUGAUUGAAUCUGUGGACAGAAUGUUGUCCACCAAGAUCUCAAGUCUGAUGAACAUGAUCCGAGAGGAAGAAAGCAAACAGCCUCCUCAGAUGGUAAUGGGUGGAGCCUUUGAGGACUCGUCCGAUGGGCCUUUUGGCCACGGUUAUGGCGAGGGUAUCAGUGCAGGGGCUGAUACUGAGGACUGGAUCGUGAGUCGCGACAAACAUCGCUACGACGAAAUCUUCUACACACUGAUGCCUAUCAAUGGGAAGGUAACUGGCAUCAAUGCCAAGAAGGAGAUGAUGAAUUCUCGUCUGCCCAACACUGUACUGGGAAAGAUCUGGAAGCUGGCAGACUGUGAUAAGGACGGCAUGCUGGAUGAUGAAGAAUUUGCUCUGGCUCAGCAUCUUAUUAAAGUCAAACUAGAGGGAUUUGAGCUUCCUACAGAGCUACCAAAUCACCUAGUGCCUCCAUCGCACAGGAAGAACCCCACUGCAGACAUCAUGUACAACCACCAGGAGAAUUGAUCAUCUUCAUAUCUGCAUAUUUAUCAGCCAGCUGCUAGCACAAAGUGGCCUUUGAAUACUGAAGUCUUACUUCAUUGAAAGGGAUGAAGCUUUAUUGGUUAAGCCAUCUUUUAUCAACAGACAUGUGUGACUUUCACAUGCCCAAGAUUAAGUAUGUUUGAAUAUACGUGCACUCAGUGUUAAAGAACAACAUGCAUAUUAAAAUUACAGUCCAUGUAAUUGAUUACUUCUACAUUUUUUCCCUGACCUUGUGUUAUUUCGACAUGUGCUUGCAGACUGUAAAAAUGGAUGGCAGUGCAGUUCAUUAUGCAGUGCUUUCAAUGUUAUAUUACAUUUCAUAAUAAAUAACAAUUUCAGUUAAGUAUGCAUAAGAGCAGCCAAACAAUAAUACACACAGAAGCACUGACAGAAGCAUCCAUUCAUUUCACUCAUUCUGACAGUGUGGAUAUCGAUUAAAUUAAUUUUGAAACAUUUCCAUGAAUGUACACUUUUCAUAUGAACUGCAUCAUAAUUGUAACGGGGCUGACGAGACGUGAGACGUGUGGAUCCAU